CGCCGCCGCCGCGAUGAAUUCGGCCGAGCAGACCGUUACGUGGCUCAUCACCCUGGGGGUGCUGGAGUCGCCCAAGAAAACCAUCGCGGACCCCGAGGGCUUUCUGCAGGCGUCGCUCAAGGAUGGGGUGGUCCUCUGCAGGCUGCUGGAGCGCUUGCUGCCCGGGACCAUCGAGAAAGUCUACCCGGAGCCGCGAAGCGAGAGCGAGUGCCUGAGCAACAUCCGCGAGUUCCUGCGCGCCUGCGGGGCCUCCCUGCGCCUGGAGAAUGGCUCCUCCCGUUUGUCGUUCAUGACUGAGUUUUGCAAGAAUCCAGGCAUGUGUCUUGCAGAGCACGGCAGUCUGGCUGGGAUUGGGUCUAGGACAUUUGAUGCAAAUGAUUUGUAUCAGGGGCAGAACUUUAACAAGGUCCUCAGUUCCUUAGUGACUCUAAAUAAAGUGACAGCAGGGCUCUCUGUGUGCUCGCCCCCGGCAGACAUCGGCCUGGGAAGCGACUCCGUGUGUGCGCGGCCUUCCUCACAUCGCAUCAAGUCCUUUGACUCCCUGGGAGCCCAGUCUUCACACAGUCGGACUUCAAAAUUGUUCCAGAGCCAGUACCGGAGUUUGGACAUGACGGAGAACAGCAACAAUCAACUGGUAGUAAAAGCCAAGUUUAACUUCCAGCAGACCAAUGAAGAUGAGCUGUCCUUCUCAAAGGGUGACGUCAUCCAUGUCACUCGAGUGGAGGAAGGAGGCUGGUGGGAGGGCACGCACAAUGGCAGGACCGGCUGGUUCCCCAGCAACUACGUGCGCGAGAUCAAGCCGAGCGAGAAGCCGGUCUCCCCCAAGUCAGGGGCGCUGAAGAGCCCUCCCAAAGGGUUCGACACGACUGCCAUCAACAAGAGCUAUUACAACGUGGUGCUACAGAAUAUUUUAGAAACAGAAAACGAAUAUUCUAAAGAACUUCAGACUCUGCUCUCAACCUACCUACGGCCAUUACAGACCACUGAGAAGUUAAGUUCAGCAAACACCUCCUAUUUAAUGGCAAACCUAGAGGAGAUCUGCUCCUUCCAGCAAAUGCUCGUGCAGUCUCUAGAAGAAUGCACCAAGUCACCCGAGGCCCAGCAGCGAGUGGGAGGCUGCUUUCUGAACCUGAUGCCGCAGAUGAGGACUCUGUAUCUCGCGUACUGUGCCAACCACCCAUCUGCUGUGAGCGUCCUCACCGAGCACAGCGAGGAGCUCGGGGAGUUCAUGGAGACAAAGGGGGCCAGCAGCCCUGGGAUCCUCGUGCUCACCACCGGCCUCAGCAAGCCAUUCAUGCGCCUGGACAAGUAUCCCACACUGCUCAAGGAGCUGGAGAGACACAUGGAGGAUUAUCAUCCUGAUAGACAAGAUAUUCAGAAAUCUAUGACUGCCUUCAAGACCCUCUCGGUCCAGUGCCAAGAGGUCCGGAAAAGGAAGGAGCUUGAGCUGCAGAUCCUGACAGAAUCCAUCCGGAGCUGGGAGGGAGACGACAUUAAGACACUGGGCAACGUCACUUACAUGUCGCAGGUCAUGAUUCAGUGUGCCGGGAGUGAGGAAAAGAGUGAGAGAUAUCUUCUCCUCUUCCCGAAUCUCCUGUUAAUGUUGUCUGCCAGUCCCAGGAUGAGUGGAUUCAUUUACCAGGGGAAGCUACCAACGACAGGAAUGAUGAUCACAAAGCUCGAGGACAGUGAAAAUCAUAGAAAUGCAUUUGAGAUAUCAGGGAGCAUGAUUGAGCGGAUCCUCGUGUCUUGCAACAACCAGCAGGACCUGCAUGAGUGGGUGGACCACCUGCAGAAGCAGACGAAGGUCACGUCCGUGAGCAACCCCACCAUCAAGCCCCACUCCAUACCAUCUCACACUCUCCCCUCGCACCCCAUCACGCCAUCCAGCAAGCAUGCGGACAGCAAGCCUGUGGCCCUGAUGCCUGCCUAUCACACGCUGCCCCAUCCUUCCCACCAUGGCACCCCACACACCACCAUCAGUUGGGGGCCCCUGGAACCCCCGAAGACCCCCAAGCCCUGGAGCCUCAGCUGCCUGCGGCCUGCGCCUCCCCUGCGGCCCUCAGCUGCUCUCUGCUACAAGGAGGAUCUCAGUAAGAGCCCCAAGACCAUGAAGAAGUUGCUCCCAAAGCGCAAGCCUGAGCGGAAGCCUUCUGACGAGGAGUUUGCCUUGCGGAAGAGCACGGCUGCCUUAGAGGAGGAUGCCCAGAUCCUGAAGGUCAUUGAAGCCUACUGCACGAGCGCCAAGACACGGCAGACUCUCAACUCCACAUGGCAAGGCACUGACCUGAUGCAUAAUCACGUCUUGGCUGACGACGACCAAUCAAGUCUAGACUCCUUGGGUCGUCGCAGUAGCCUUUCUCGUUUGGAGCCCUCAGACCCCUCGGAAGACUCUGAGUAUGACAGUAUAUGGACAGCCCAUAGUUACAGGAUGGGUUCAGCAUCUCGUUCUCGCAAAGAAUGUGCCCCGCAAGUUCUGCUUCCAGAAGAAGAGAAAAUCAUAGUGGAAGAGACCAAAAGCAAUGGUCAGACUGUGAUCGAGGAGAAGAGCCUUGUGGACACUGUAUAUGCACUGAGGGACGAAGUCCAAGAGCUGAGACAGGAUAACAAAAAGAUGAAGAAGUCAUUGGAGGAGGAGCAGAGGGCCCGCAAAGACCUGGAGAAGCUAGUGCGCAAGGUGCUGAAGAACAUGAACGAUCCCGCCUGGGACGAGACUAACCUGUGAGGACAGGCAGCCUUCCCUGCCGGGGCUGGGGCAGGCCUGGGGGGACACUGGGAACUGUGAGUGUCACGAGGAGCCGCCCCUGAGGACUUGAGCUGUGUGAGUUGGCUGAUGUCGAUCACCUUGUUGGCAGUGGGGCAGCGCCUGCCCCUGUGGUGGGGUGUGUGGACACACUGUGCCGCGCCUCCUGUACAUACCUGCUCUGGGUGCACCUUCGGUGUAUGCCUGGGCUCCUUGCCGGGGCCUGUGCCCUCUCCACCACCUCUGGGCCGGCACCCAACCUGUCCCCACUGCCUCAGUCUCCACGGUGCUCUGAGUGCGAGUCGAAAGCCAUCUCUGAGAGGGCAGCGACCUGUGUCUCUGGCUAGGCUGAGGACACUCAGCCCUGUAUCCUAGGAGAGUGGCACCCCUAUCCCGCCAUGAGGCCUGUGCCCAUGCCACUCCCACAUGGAGGUUCCUGGGUUCGCUUGCAGCGUCUGGGGUCCGAGUACAGGCUCUGCCUCGGCUCCUCAAGAGUCCUGAAGGUGCACUGUCCACCCUCCCCUGGGGGAGACUGGACUUGUACAUACGAUGUUAUUUAUUGUGGUCAUGCAGCUCUGAGAAAGAGAAUGAGGCAGGCUGCGAGUGGUGCCCCAAGGCUGACCCUGGCACAGUUGCCACACCUCCCCUUCUGUCCGAGUUGGAAUAAAGCAACGUGCCCCUCAGGUCAGUGCGAUCCUGGCAGCCUGGCCAUGGGACAGCUCAUGUCUCUGCAUGUGGCCGUCUUGGACCCACGGCUGGAGCACACGUGGGCUGAGGUCAGUGCGCAUCAGGAGCCAGUGAUGCCAACCAUGGGAGCUUGGCCAUGGUCCCCUUGCUCUCAAAGGGCAGUUCCCGGCUGUAGUCAGCUUCACCACGGCAGUUUGGUCUUCAGAGCAGAGCCCCAGCCUUGUGCCAUUGCCACAGCAUGGCCACCCACACCGGGUGGGGAUUGUGUUGAGCCCUUGGCAUGCAGGUCUUCUGUACUUGGAGACCUCUGGAUGCCUUAGAGCUGUCCUUGGUUUUUCCUCCACGCACUGCUGCUGGCUGGCCGGUCCAGAGUCCAGCCUGCCCUGCGUCGGCCUUGUGCUGGAAUUGCCAGCUUCCCAGUUAACGUUUCAUAGCUUGUGCUGCAGCAGGUAAAGGCCAACGCUGUCUUGCAAGCUGUUUUUACAAGUGUUUUGGGGACACGUGGGUGUUGCAGCAUAAACCAUGAAGGUUGAGUGAUUUGCCGCCAGGGCAGAUUCUAACUCAGGAACAACUCUCCUCGACUCUUCCGUGGCCUGGUGGCGUGGCCGCUGUGGCCCAACGCGAUGUCCUGCAGAUCUGCUUAAAGGACCAGCAGAACACUCAUCCUGGAGCACUCAUGGUUUCAGCAUGGCUGCCGCGUGGCCACAUUGCCUUCUCCACGGAUCUCUUCUGGGCUCCCUGGGGCACCGGGUGUCUGUCUUCAAGCAGGCCUUAUACACCUGCUGCCUGGCCCACUUCCGCUGUGGGGCCUCUAGGGCUGGAGUGUGACCUGGCUGCUUCCAGGUGCUCAUCUGCAGGGACGAGCAGAAGCCGCUUCCUGUCCUGCAGCUGCAAAGCACUUUCCUUUCUAAAGAUGCCGAGCCGCGGCCUCUGGACCUGGCAGUGGCGUGGGAGCCCUCCCCCAUGCGCCCAGCCUGCUGUGCAGAAAUGGCCGCAUCACAGCCCGUGGCCUGUGGUUGGCUCCUCGUGUGCGUGCGACAUCAAUGUAAUUAUUAAACUAUUUUUCUUAUUUCA